CUCUCUCUCUCAUGUUACUGAUACUAAAAAAAGUUUUUUUUUUAUUUCACUUUCAAACUUCGUGAAGUCGCUAAUCAACAAUCAAUUGACAAUCGACAAGAAAAAGGAUUUAUUGUUUUUUCUCAACUUAAUCAUCACCAGAGGAGAUAAAUUUGUGCUAAAUUGUUCAAUGGAUUAACUGGUCAACCAACUAACAGAAGCUGAACUUUGAUUGAUUUGAAUUAAUUGCAACUUCUUCAAGGGAGAUAAUAGUAAUUCAUAGUUGAUAUAACUUCACAUGUGCUAAUCAGUGUUAAUUGUUACAAAGUUUUGAUAAAAUGUCUCGUUAUUCAACAAGACGAUGAUUAUUAUUACACUUGAUAGUUUUAUCAACAAUGAAAACUACUUUUACAAUCAGUGGUAAUAAUUGGUGUCUAUUGAUACUGUUUACAUUAACCAUUAUCUGGUUAAAUGAGUGUCAAGUCGUUAAUUGUUCACAAUCCGAAUCAAUAUUUUCAAUCAGCUCAAUUUGGAGAAAAUUUCGCAAUUGGUCAACUUGGAAUCUACACUUAACUCCUUUUACUCUUCCAUGGCAAUCAUCCUCAUCUUCAUCAUCAUCUUCAACAAGUUAUCGUGUUGAUGGUUAUCAUCCAUUAUCAUCAUCAACUAAUCAACAAGAUUCAAAACAAUUAGACACCAAUGAUAAUGAAAACAAUUUAAUAUUCGGAUCAUUUGGACCUCAUCUCACACUUAAAUUACGUGAAUCAAUUACAACAUUAACUAAUCAACAUGGAUUAAGCCGAGCUAAUUUUGUUAAGGUUAUCGAGGAUAUGAAAAAUGGUAUAUCAUCAUCGGCAUCAUGUAUGGCUUGUUUUGCUGCAACUGAAUUAUAUCAAUCACCAAUGUAUUCAAAGAUUGGAUUAUCAUCAGCAAUUAAGACAACAUGUAAUUCAUUGAGAUUACAAAAGAGUGAAGUUUGUGAUGGAAUAGCUGAAAACUAUGUUGAUGAUUUAGAUUACAUUGGAAUCCAUACCAAGUUAACUGCUAACGAAAUGUGCUCAACACUAUUAGGUGGUAAUUGUGCCUUAGCAUCUUCAUCAUUAAAAACAAACUGGUCAAUUCAUUUACCUGAUAAGGUUGAAUUGGUUAAUCAAUCACCUUAUCGUAAUGAUAUUAAUAAUAAUAAUCAACUAAUCAAAUCAUCAACAGAUCAAUUAAGGAUAACCAAAGUACUUCACAUAACCGAUAUUCAUGCUGAUCUCUUUUAUUCACCGGGUUCUAAUGCUGAAUGUGGGAAACCCGUUUGUUGCCGAUCCAAGGAUAUUCUAUCAACAACAUCUUCUAAUGAUAGACAAUUAGAUGAAUCAUCUUCUAAUCCACCUUUAUCUUCACCAUCAUCAUCACUUACUAGUGAUUCUGUUGAUAGUUUAUUCAAAAGACGAUCAGCUGGUUUCUGGGGCGAUUAUGGUAAAUGUGACACCCCAGUAGCUACUGUAAUCAGUGCCUUGCAAAAUAUUGCCUCUAAUCAUCCUGAUGUUGAUUAUUGGCUCUGGACGGGUGACAUUGGACCUCAUGAUAUUUGGAACUCUAGUCGAAAUGAAAUUCUGAACCAUGUUCGAUAUAUAACUCAUCUAAUUAAACAAUAUGCUUCGGUUCCAGUUUUCCCUGUAAUUGGUAAUCAUGAGGGAUUUCCAGCCAACAGUUUUCCACCCCCUGGUAUCUCAGGUCAUUUAUCUGCUUCCUGGUUAUAUGAGGUAUUGGCUAUUGAAUGGUCAGUUUGGCUUCCAGAGACUGCAUUGGCAACCCUACGAAUAGGAGGUUAUUACUCUUUACCUUUGUCUCCUGGAUUACGUUUGGUUGCAUUGAACACUAAUUAUUGUGCUCGUCUUAACCCUUGGACACUAUUUGACCCUCAAGAUCCUGGUGGUCAAUUGAAAUGGUUGGUGGGUCAACUUUACGAAGCUGAAAUACUUGGUGAAAAGGUUCAAAUUGUGGGUCACAUUGCACCGGACAAUAGAGAGUGUACCUCAUCUUGGGUUGACAAUUUUCUGCAAAUUGUUGACCGUUUUCAAGAAACAAUAGUGUCCCAAUUUUAUGGACACACUCAUCGAGAUGAGUUUCGUGUCUACUAUUCCCCACGAACCGGAGCACCGAUAGGAAACGCUUACAUAGGACCAAGUAUAACCUCAUUCAAGGGUAACAAUCCAGCCUACAGGUUGUACCACACCUCGACUCAAGGCUCAGUGAUUAACCAUGAAACCUAUUUUUUCAAUUUAACUCAAGCCAAUACAAAUGGACUCUAUGGUCCAGUCUGGAGGUUAGCUUAUAAUGCUCUGGUUGACCUCAAGAUACCUUCACUUGACCCAAUAAAUUGGGAUCUAUUUAUUCAAAGAUUAAUUUCCAAUGAACGAGAUUUCCAAAAAUUUUAUCAAUUAUUUUCUCGUUUCAGUGAUGUUACCCUGUACAAACCAUGCACCUUAUCAUGUAAACAAGAAAUUAUUGAUGAGCUUAAAGUUUAUGUUUCUUGGCGUAAAUUGCCCAAAGCAUUUCGCAAAAAUCAUAGUUAAUUAACAAUCAACCAAACUGAUUACCAAUUUUUUUUAAUCAUCUUCUCAUCUCAAUACAAGUUGACGUUUGUUUCAUCAUCCUAAUAUUAUUUUUUGUUAUUAUCCAUCACAAAGUAAGUUAUAAAUAUUUUAUCAUCUCCA